GACAAGCUGGGGCUGGUGGCUGGGCUGGUUCUCCAUCUUAACUGGAACUAGAGGACAAACCACAGGGUAAAUGAUCUGCGGGAUCUCGGCUUCAUAAAACAAACCACCCGCCACAUCCCCCGCCGCGCGGUCUAUACGCGGCGUCACCUGGACACACAUUUAAUGAUUUAAGCAUCACCUGAAUGAUCUAGAGUGCUUUGCUUGUCUUUUGUUUUGUGCCUCCAAGGAACACUGUCCAUAAGUUUGCAGCUUCUACAUAGAAUAUAUAGGAGCAAUGUGUGUUUGUGUCGUGCCAUCCAUGCAUAUGAGAGGGUUAUAAACUAGCCAGGGCUGUAGAGGAGCAUAUGCUGGUUAGCUUGGGCUAACAUAUACUCAUGGAGCUUGAAGGGUGUGUAGAUUGGAGAGGGAAUGCUGCGGAUCGAAGGAAGCAUGGAGGCAUCAAGGCUACAAUCUUCCUCUACGUUUUGGUCGUGCUGCGAAGUUGCCCCAGCAGCACAAACUUCAGUCUUGUGGCCUAUUUCCACAGGACACUACAUCUGGAUAUUGUGACCUCCUCAGCUGUGAUCACCUAUCUGGUCGGUGCAGUGUCCUUCUUUGCUGCCCUGAUGAACUUUAUCUCUGGCAUAUAUAUCCGGCGAACCACCGCUAUAUUUGUAUUCAGUCCCCUUGCAGUCCUGGGCUAUAUGUUGCUAGCAUUGCAGGCAUACUUGCCUUCACAACAUCCUCUGGAUUGUGAGAUAAACAAAGAACCAAACAACUGUGAGUCAGCUAAAGGUUGGAGCUUAACACUGCUCUACUUGAGCUUAUUAAUGUUUGCCAUCGGAGAAGGCUGCAUGCGCGCUUGCAUACCAUUGCUUGGUGGAGAUCAGUUCAGCAAUGAUGAUCCAAAAGAAACACAUCUCAAGAGUACGUUCUUGAGCUGGAUCAAGUUUGCAAACUCUGUUGGAGCACUCAUGGGAUUGGUAUUCUUAGUCUGGAUCGAGAACAAUUUGGGCUGGGCCCUUGGCUUUAUGAUAUCUGCACUUAUUGUACUUGUAGGGCUGUUUGUGGCAGCCAGUGGACUGCCUUUCUAUAGAACACAGAAGCCUAAUGGAAGUCCUCUAAAGGGAAUAUUGCAGGUUCUUGUCACUUCAUCAAAGAAGAGGCAGGUUGCUACCAUAGAUGUUAUCGAGCUGCAGGAGAUAGGAGCAGCGGAUAGUGUUGAUGGGGAAGGCAGAUCUGACAGCAAGAGCACUGGCACCACUCAGAUCGAAGAGUUAACAAAGGCCAUCACCCGAAUGCUUCCAAUCUUCAUCAGCUGCUUGCUCAUCUACCUGCCCUUCACACUGCUAAUGACACUAACGAUACAAGUCGGAAGCACCAUGGACAAAGGGAUAGGCGCGAUCCAGAUAUCCUCCGCCUCUCUCAUUGCAAUCCCAACAGCAUUUCACAUGCUUAUGCAACCAUGCUACAGGCGGAUAUUGAUGCCACUGCUACAAAGAUUUACAGGCCACACACACGGAAUCACCCCACUGCAGAGUAUCGGUGCUGGCUCGGUGUGCGGGGUAGCAGCAGCAUGCCUUGCGGCGUUAGUGGAAACAAGAAGGCUGACAGUCGCAGAACAGCAUGGGCUAACAUCGACAGGAGCAGGUGUCCCGAUGUCCGUGUUCUGGUUGGUGCUGCAAUUCUUCCUGCUAAGCAUCAUGGAUGCAACAUCCUUCAGCGGACUGAUUGAGUUCAUAAAGAGCGAGUCAUCUCCGGAAAUGAAGCUGAUAGCACCGGCAGCGCAGUCCAUUAUUGCAGGAAUAGCAGCCUGGUUAGCAUGUGCCAUCAUACAGCUGGCGAACAACGCGUCACGGCGCGGCGAUGGUGGAAGAGGGUGGCUAGAUGGAGCAGACUUCAACAGGACACGCCUUGAUCGUUUCUUCUUUUUACUGGCAGCCUUCGAGCUGGUGGCACUCAUCAACUAUGCUUUCUGGGCUAGGAGAUAUGCCAAGAAGCAACGGAGCAGCGGUGUUGGAUUAGUCGGUCAUAGCUCUGAAAACUAAAUAGCCAAACAUAGCGAGAUACAUAGGCAAUAGGUGAUAGACCAAAUAUUUUUGAUGAAUUGCUUUAGGUGGUAUAUCAAUGACUAUAUAGAUUGUAACUGAGAAAUCCCUAUAAUCUCCACCGAUUAAUAUUCGAUAGUAGCUUGAUAGCACCAGUGAUCGAUAAAA